AUGGCACUGCGUGACGUAAUAGUAAAUACUACCACCGUCUCCGGGGGACGCCCCGAUGAAAACGAACGACGAAACGUGAUCAAUUUCCGAGCACAAGAAAUUGCUAAAAAAAAGGAAAGCAAAUUAAUUCAGCGGCGAAACAUGAAGCAGAGGAAAAAACAAAGUUGCUGCAGUAUCUUACAGAAAGUGGUACGGAAAUGCUGGAGCACCUUUGUGAAACAAACCUUGAUGUUCUGCCGUGAAACAGGACUUCAUGGUUGCAAAUAUAUCUGCGAGACGCAACGUUCUACGAUAGAAAGAGUCGCGUGGGCAAUAACGGUGCUGAUGUCCGUGUGUAUUGCAAUCGGAAUGCUGAAAGUUACUUACGAUUAUUACUACGAACAUUCUAUCCUCUCGGUCAUCGAAUCGACCCAUAAUGGAAUAUGGAAUUAUCCAUUCCCAGCGGUCACUGUAUGCGAUUUGAAUCGCGUGUCCCUCAAGCUGGCAGAAAAAUUUGUCGACAACCUAACGCUUCCAUCAACGGUGUCGAAGGAAUUUAUCGUGCAAGAAAUGUCGUUGCUGAACACGUUACUGUACACUGAGGAAUACGAAUCGCAGAUACGAAAUAAUCUGUCACGAUUGCAGAUUAUAUUCGACAUGAAUAAUCUUUCGAUUCCGACAGUCAUAAAUUCGGUAACUCAAAGUUGUCAAAAUUUGCUGGAAUCAUGUAAAUGGAAAACCCAGAAGAAGGACUGCGCCACCCUAUUUCGUCCAAGCUACACCCGUGAUGGAAUUUGUUGCAGUUUUAAUUAUAUCACUCGUGAUAGGAUCAUCAAUGAACCAAAUUUAAGACCACAGAAAAUGUCUUCGUGCGGAUAUCAAAGUGGUCUCAUUAUCUUACUUAACCUGGACCCCAGCGAUUAUCAUGCCAGUAUUGUACAAACUGUAGGAACAAAGAUUAUACUACACAAUCCCUACGAAUAUCCUGAUUAUGACUCACCAAGCAAAUUAAUAAGCAUGAAUAAAUAUUCAUUUUUGACUGUUCAACCUAUGGAGACCUAUUCGUCAAACGACAUCAAAUGGACAUCUCGCAGAGAGUGUAUAUACAAGAACGAAGGAGAUAUAAUUAAUAAUGAUAUUUCGAAGAUAGACAUGAUUUCCGCAAAGUAUUCGCUAAAAAAUUGUCUGACAUAUUGUCGAGCAACUGUAAUUAAGAGGAAAUGUGGAUGUAUACCGUAUUAUUAUCCGCAAAACAAGACCAGAGUAUGCAAUUUAAAAGAUGUUGAGUGCCUAAAAUCGUUCAAAUUUUGGUAUGAUACAUCCUGGCCAGGAACAAAUAUGUCACCACAAACUUUACCACUGAUAGAAUUGAAUACUAAAUACAAACCUUGUAACUGCAAGCCAGACUGUAAUUUUUAUCAGUAUUCCGUAGAGCAUUCGGCAGGACACCUUAACAAACGCAUUUAUUACAAUGGUCUUACAUAUACGAAUUAUCCUAGCAAAGGCAAAACCUGGCAAAAUCAGACUAUAAUUCACAUAUUUUUCGACGACCUAGUAUCUAUUCAAUACCGACGAGAUAUGCGUUACAGUUGGCGUCACUUAUUUGCAACAUCUGGUGGUCUCUUAGGAGUAUUCGCUGGUUUCAGUUUCAUGUCUAUGUUUGAAAUUGCUUAUUUUUUUAUUAUACGAGUUUUAACAGAUACAUGUAUAAAGAGAAGGAGCGCAGGAAAUGUUAACUAA